AUGACCUUCUCGAAGCUUUCCAGGUCCCGUCCCGUCGUGCACCCCCUGCGGCAUGCGGGCAGGAGAGAAGGGAUUGACCCCAACGGCCCGUUGGUGUCACGAACCCAACCCCGGAGCCGCUUGCGCAUCCUGCCAGGGCCCGCGCCGGGGUUCUUCGUCGACUCGUCCGAGACCCAUGGUUCCCUGGAGGUGCAUAUGCAGCAGCAUGGGCCAGGGAUCGUGAGGUUUGCCAAGUUGGCCGCGGGCGGCGUGGCUGUCUUGCUCGAUGGUGUUAUGGACACCUCCUUGUUGUGA